AUGCGCUUGGCGCCCUCCUCACAUGAUAUUAGACCAGGCCAGUUUGUGAUUGCCCUUGGCAGUCCUCUCAUGUUGUCCAACACCGUGACUGUGGGUGUCAUCUCUGCGGUCGAACGGGAUCUCGGCCAUCGGGAGGGCCUCAAGUACCUUCAAACUGAUGCCAUUAUUACGUUUUAUCGUUUUUAUCUGUUGGACAUUUUUGAAAUAAGACUCCCCUCGUCGUAA